AUGGCGGAGAGACGCAACUCGGCGGGACAAAUAGUGAGACCCCGAGUAGAUCAGGGAGGACCUAACAUGCUGCAGCAAGGGCACGCUGGGGAGCCAGGAGAAGCUCGUGAGGUCGAGAACAGGGGCAACGCGGCCAUCCGAGACAUUGGCAUGAUCUCUUGGGGACCCACCGAUGGAGAUUCAGGUAGGGCACGUAAAUCCCAUGAGCGCCGGUUGGAGAUCCUUACUGUGGGAUGCAGCCGGGAGCAGGCUGUCAUAGGCAAUAGUCGGGUGGCUCGAGUCUUCGUUGACACUGGGAGCUCUGUCAACAUAUUGUUCAGGUCUGCUUUUGAAGAGAUGCAGAUAGACGCCAGUGAGUUCCAGCCGGUAGCCACUUCUUUAUAUGGUUUUACUGCAAAGACCAACAAUAAGUGGAGAGUCUGCAUAGACUUCAAGGAUCUCAAUCGUGCCAGCCCUAAAGAUUGUUAUCCCCUACCCAGAAUUGAUCAGUUAGUAGAUUCAACUGCCGGUUGUGAAAGAAUAUGCAUGCUAGAUGCUUAUCAGGGGUACCAUCAAAUCCCCCUGGCCGUGGAAGAUCAAGAGAAGGUUAGUUUUAUCACGACAGAUGGUACUUUCUGCUACACUGUCAUGCCUUUCGGGCUCAGGAAUGCUGGGGCUACGUAUCAAAGGAUGAUGGACAAGAUCUUCCGAGAGCAGGCCGGGUGCAAUGUGGAAGUCUAUGGAGACGACAUACUCAUCAAAUCUCCCCUAGUCGCAAAUCUGAUAGAUGAUGUGGAGGAGACUUGUGGCACCCUGCGACAAUAUGGGUUGAAAUUAAAUCCCUUCAAAUAUUUAUUUGGGGCCAAAGGAGGAAAGUUCUUGGGGUAUCUCGUCACUGAGCGGGGGAUUGAAGCCAACCCCGAAAAGUGGGACGAGGAGUGCACGCGGGCUUUUAAAGAGUUGAAGAAGUAUUUGGAGACCUUGCCUUCUUUAUUCAAGCCUGUCACCAGAGAACCGCUCUGGGUCUACCUAUUUGUUACCCCUGAGGUCGUGGGGGCGGGAGUUGAGUCUCGAUACACAACUCUGGAAAAGUUGGUCUAUGGAUUAGUGCUUAUGGCUCGGUGUCUAAGACCAUAUUUUCUAGCACAUCCCAUCAUGGUCCUGACUAACAGCACUAUGGAUAAAGCUCUUACCAACAUGGAAGUUGCUGGCCGGCGUAUCAAGUGGAUGACCGAAUUGGGAGAGUACAAUAUCACCUAUCAACCUUGCACAGCUAUUAAGGCACAAGCCUUAGCUGAUUUCUUGACCGAGCUAGCUGUACGAUUAAAUUUCAGAGCUACUAAUAAUGAGGCAGAAUAUGAGGCUUUAUUAGCAAGGCUGCAGGCAGCCCGGCAUGUGGGAGCUUCCCGAGUUAUCAUUUAUUCAGACUCCCAAUUAGUAACUCAGCAAGUAACCGGCAACUUUGAGAUCAACAGCGACAAGCUGCAAGUAUAUCGGGAGGCUUAUGAGAAGAUGAAAGAAGAAUUCAAGGAGGUCACGGUGAUCAAGAUUCCUAGAGCAGAGAAUGGUCGAGCUGACGAGUUAGCCAAAAUGGCCAGUUCUCUGACAACAUGGGUACUGGACAAAUCAAUAGCACAGACCUUUCUCAUAAUCCAGAUAGAUUUACAGAAUAACAGGGAUGAGAUUAUUGAUCAGAGAGCACCGAUGAUUAGCUAUCUUCAAUAA